AUGAGAAAACGUCCUCUCAAUCUAGAACGAGAAAAGCUAUGGCGCCUCACAAAGUCGUCCAAUGAAGAUACCACACUCUCACAAAGGAAUACCAUCAUAAUAAAAGCUGGGACGAUCCACUCAGGAACGCAAGCAGCAAAUAUUCUGAGAGGUGCAUUCCGAAGUGAAUGUUCUCUCCAAAUCCCAUCAGAAAGGAACAAAAAGAUCAAAGACAGUCUCCAAGAAAAGAUCAGAAAUCAAAACCCAAACCUAUCAGUGAUCUCAAAUUUUGGAAUGUCGGAACUGACUGAUGCAAUCAGGAAACCCAAGAGAAAGAAUGCACCAGGCAAAGAUGAACAGACUGCCUGCACGAAGAACAGAAACACUGAAGACCAGCUUAUCGUCCUAACUCAGUCAAUUGAAAAUAGCUUUCAGGAGAAGACAAAGGUCAUAGCAGUCUUCAUGGAUCUCUCAAUGGCCUUUGACAAGGUCUGGAAGGAUUCAUUGAUGCUAAAGCUGCUGAAUGCAGGAAUAGCAGGUAAAAUGUACAGCUGGAUCAAGAGUUAUCUGCAACACCGAACAGCCAAAGUGAAACUGGUUUGA